GGGGGCGGGCGGAGCGUUCUUCCCAUCGACGGUGUUCGGUCCGACUUGCGACGGGCUGGACAUGGUGCUGCGCGACGAGGCGCUGCCUGAGCUGGCGAUCGGCGAUUUGGUGGUUCCCGAACAUGGGCGCGUACACUGCGGCGGCGGGGUCCAGCUUUAACGGAUUCGCGACUGGGGAGAUUAAGACGUAUCUGGUGUACACUGUGGGCGCGGAGGAGGCGAAGGGCGGGGAGGCGGGCCUAGCGGCGGCAGCGCUGAACGGCGGAAGAGGAAGUGGAAGUGGAAGCGGAAGCGGAAGCGGAAGCGGAACCGUGGAGGGGGAUAGCAUGAGCGGGAUGAUGCUGGGGGGAGGAGAGUGGCAUGCGGAGGCGGGCGGAAGCGACGGGGAUGUGUCUGGCGCGAUCGGCGUCGGAGGAGAUGCUGCACACGCCGCGCAGCUCGGGCGCUGGUAGCAGCGAGCGCGGUAGUCUCGGGGGCGUGUGCGACGGCGCGGGCAGCGAGAGCAUCUGAAGUGGUAACCUGCCGGUACUGUUUAUGGAUGGAGCCCGGAAGAGCUGGGUGACACGGCGGUUGGUUGGUGUGAUGUGGGAAGGCUGAAAUAAGCUGUCAGGCGCUGAAAUUAGAGGGUGUCUUGUGUAUAUGGGCUGAGGUAGGUUGCAGGACAGCCCCAGCAGCUAGGCAAUGUAGGCAGAGAGCGAAAUGCCUCUUUAUGUACAGUGUCUAUUGUUAUGAUUCCUUUAUUAUUAUUUUAUUAUUUUA